AGACGUAUAUAUCUUCCCACCGACCUUGGAGGGGUUUUAGACGGUCGUCAUCCCCGUGGGCAUUGGCUCAUCCCCGACAUGGAGUGUAAAUCAAGUGCUUCCCAGUGAAACAGACAACCCUCUCACAACUGUGACCGUUCAGUGAUCCCGCUCUUUUUUCCCAAUCGGGGCGAACAUUUGACCGAUCCGUCGAUCUGACGCGAAUGUCACGAUAUCAGAAACUAGGAAACGCCAUGAGGAUUAUUAUCAUCUGCCUUUUGAUGGGGCCGCUGGUUUCCCAGGGGAACGUGGAACCGGUGCCGGUCGCCCAUCUGACGCCUCCGAAGCAGACCAACGAGCGUCCACCGAGGAGCCCCACGCCGCAACACGGCACCGUUCAACAGCCGACGGAUGGAAACGGGCUCCUGUCUUUCACUCAAAAAAUUGCAAGUUGGUUUUGGCCGGGAGCUAGUCAUGUAGAAGUAAAUCAAGCAAAACCUGAAGCCAGGGGGAAAGCGGAAACGAGCGCCACCGAGCCGAGGGGGGUUUGGGCGGACGGCGGAAAACGGCAAAAACCGCAUUGCAGCCCUUGCAACAGUGUACCCUGGCUCCCGAUUGCAAGGGCCGUCGGUCAUUUUCCGCAAGCUCCCGUCGGUGACUCCCACCUUUAUUCACUUCAGAUACCUACAAUUGGAGUUAAUGCGUAUCCACACAACCAGUUGGGCCCCCCUAAACCCCACUAUGGUCCACCAAAACCAGCUUACGGACCCCCAAAACCAGCAUACGGCCCUCCUAAACCUGAAUAUGGGCCUCCUAAACUUGAAUACGGGCCUCCCAAACCUGAAUAUGGGCCUCCCAAACCUGAAUAUGGCCCUCCCAAACCUGAAUAUGGCCCUCCCAAACCUGAAUAUGGCCCUCCUAAACCAGCAUAUGGUCCUCCGAAACCUGAAUAUGGCCCUCCUCCUACACUUGAUUUCGGUCCUCCAAAACAUGAAUUCAUCCCUCCUAAACCCGAAUACGGCCCCCCUAAACCUGAAUAUGGCCCUCCUAAACCUGAAUACGGUCCUCCGAAACCAGAAUAUGGCCCUCCUCCUACACUUGAUUUCGGCCCUCCCAAACUUGAAUAUGGCCCUCCUAAACCCGAAUACGGUCCUCCGAAACCUGAAUAUGGGCCUCCGGAAGGACAGAACAGUCCACCGUCUUCGGAUUACGGACCUCCGAAGCAAGAUUUAGUGCAUGAUCAUCUACAUCAUUCCAGUUUUGACCUCGGUUUACAACCACCGAAAGCUGAUAGCAAUCACGGUUGGGAUUCUCAUUCUGCAGACAGCGGUCCUAAGCCGUCGUUCGGCGUUCCCAACAAUUUUCAAGGGCACCCCCAUUCGUUCAAGUUGAUCCAUCCGCACGGACCUGCGAAACAUCCGGGUUAUCUCCCGCCCCCUCCGAAGUACAGGCAACAUCCUCCGAGAUUCACUUAUUUGCCACCGAAGCCUAUGUUCGUCCCUAAGCCCGUGCACAGUCCACCCGUUCCCCCGACCGGCUUAGAACAUCAGCCUGCAGCUCGUCCUCCACCUCCUCCUCCGACUUCGCAUCCCAGCGUACCUUCCUCCCUAAGUUAUCGACAAUUCCUUUCACCACCUCCGGCGCACCCGUCCGAAGCCUAUCAGUCACUGAAUUACCACACGCUCCAGAAUCCGACUCCCAGCCCUGUCAACGUAGAACAUAACUCGAACCAACAGCAUAACUUCGCUUACCCAGUAACUGCCGGCCAAAAUUCUUGCAGCAAAUGUCCUCCGACAGGCCCCGAUCUUUCUCAAGUCCAUGCCAACGAUCACUACGUGACUGGGCCGGAAGAGGCUAAGAACAUAGUCGCCAAUUUCGCGAACGUCCCCUUGAGCGACUCCGCUCACGAAGCAACCAACCUAGCGUCUUCUCCUGCUCCGGGUGUCGUAAUCGUGACACCGAAAAAUGAAGUCGAAGUCGCUAAGAGUGUUCCCAUCAGAGAAUAUCUUUCGUCCGUCGAAUAUCCUAUGCAGAUAGUCCAAGCGCCCAUUUUGGACGUACCGGACCUUCCGAAAUAUUUCGAUUUCGGAUACCAUUCCUUCAACCACGGAGAAAGACAAAACAAGAAUUACCAAGCCGACACACAGGCUCCCGCAUCUUUUACAACUCCACAGCCGGCUUCCGUCACCCACAAUCACUUUCAAAGACAGACCGGGUUCCAAGGUGUCCAACAACCCGUUUUCCACCAACGGGAAGAAAAUAGCACGAUUUACGAGACGAACCCACACGCCGACCGGGCCCACACCGCCGCGAGCUCGAGUACAACUUGGAUCGCUACUCCGAGGCCUUUCAACCAGCCUUCGCCCGAGGCAAAACCCAAUCGCACGAAAAUACACCAAAUAAUAGUUCCUUAUUCGACGCAAGAUAAUCCACCGUUGGCCAGAAAAGUGCCUUCGGAUCCAGUGGCUUACCCGGACGUCCAAGCCAUUUAUUUAAACAGGGGCGUCACCGCUCCUGAAGGAGGAAUAACAAACAUAAACUAUCCACUAACUGCGACUGGUUCGGAACAUCACGACACUCUGCUAGGGACGGACUCCGACCUCCUGAACUCGCUCCCACCCGACAUCAUGAACCAUCUACUACAAAUGGGAAUAAAGUUGCCGGAAGAUUCGGAGAAAGGCCGUCUCCAACAGGUUCUUGCGUCCGAUAUAAGAGCCCUCCUCCAUGGAGAAGAAGACACGGUCGAUUUUGCCAGGCUCCAGAAAAACAUCGAUAAAUGGACGGCCGAAGGAUACGGAAAACGAGACACGGUCCUCCAUCAGAUAUCCAAGCAGAUACCUGACGAUUAUCUUACGACGCCCAAACCUACGGACCAACUGAUGCCGGAAUCGGAUCACGAAGCCGCCGCCAGCCAGCACUACAGUCAUGAUCACCAGGAGGUCCGCAUCGACUCGAAAACGACAAAUACAGUCCUCCCGGAAAACGAUACGAAAAUAAUCGAAGAAGUGAGCGGUUGGUCUCUCGUCGACACCGUCGUGACAACGGAAAACAGCCGAACGACAACCGUCAAGCCAUGGGAGAAACUUGAAGUCUCGAUUUCCCCGCAUACCAACGAAAAAGUCUACGUUGUGACUCCACAAGCCUAUUUUCCAACAGGAGCGGAAAAUAACUCGCUGGCCGAGUCGAAGCCGACCACCUCUCCGGACAACGGGCAAAGAGUUACCAGAGAUAUCAUCAUCGACGGUUCGACAUCCAAAGUUGACAUUGUCACCCCAGAGUCAAUAACUGAAACCACAGAUAAAACCAUCCAAAAAGGAUCUCCAGAGGAUCCCAUCGUAAGCGAGGUACCUGCAUCUGUCACGUAUCUCGGAUCGGCGAGCAGUUUACGAAAUUCUAAACUUACAUUCAGUACGAUAAGAUGAACACAAAGGACUGAGAUAUAAUCAAUUUUUUCAUCAAGAUUCUUACUAAUAAUUAUUGUUCGCUAUUGCUCAAAAGUCGUUCUGGAGUCGUGUAAAUAUUGUAUCUUGUAAUUCCCGAGGGUGCCAAAGUCUGAAAUUUCUUUGCUUCGACGAUCAGUUUGAAGGGAGUCUCGGAAAAUGUUUGCGACUGCCUUUGAAAUUGUCUUCACGAGAGACAACAGAAGACAGCUUCAACUGAAAUCAACUUCCUGUUUUAGGACAAAUGUAACAAUGUAGUAUUACUAUAAAAAUAAUUAAGUAGGUAUCUUACCUGACGAUUAGAGUAUUAGUCUAAUAAUUUAUUUAUUGAUUAACUUUUAAGUUGUAAACUUUGUAAAUAAUAUGAAUACUAUAAUAUUGUAUUCCUUUGCCAUAAUAAAUAUGUUUUAAAUAUAA